GUGAAAAUUUGUGAUCAGGUAGUACACAUCCGUAAUUUAUUUUACUAAAAAGCAGUUUUAACAGUCGAAAGUGUCCGUUAUGAACAACCGCAAAUGUGCAUUCGUUAAGUGCGGGAACUCGUAUCGAAAAGGGCGCCGAAAUAGAUUCACGUUUUUCAGCUUCCCCAAGGAUCCUGAAAUGCUGACAAAAUGGCUUGAUUUUUACAAUCAGCACAGCGCCCCCGAGGAAAUGAUAUUGCAUCCAAGCCAGGUGGAUCGAACCUGGAUGAGGAUCUGUCAGCAGCACUUCCGGCGCAGUCAGUUAUCGACGUCAUCAAACGGGAAACGAUUUCUGGUGAAAGAUGCCGUUCCCUGCUGCCCGCCAGGAGUUGUGGAUGCUUCUCCAAAACGAAAAAAGGCUACCCCACAAAAGUCGGCAUCCAAAGAAAAACUGGUAGAACCACCAAAGGUUUUGGUGACCUCUGCAAAGGAGAAGGAAGAUCAACAACAAGAAACACUUCCAACCAGAAAACGAAAAAGAGCCAGAGACUCGUUUGAGGAAACGCCUUCGCUGGUGGCCGAUGGCAAUCCCUUACUGCACAACAUUAACGGCUAUGUGGUAGAUCUUCGUAUAGCCGCCCAACACGACACAUUCCGCUUGCCGAACGGAAAGUUGAUUCAGGUGCGCCGGCAGCCCAAGAAAAAGGCUCCGACAGAAGUGUUAGAUUUAGAAACUCCGACUUCUCCCCCCAUCCAAGAGCAAACAUCAGCCGCUAAUUCUAGGGCCUCGCCAAUAAUUAUGCGAACUGGUCGAAAUGUGCCCUCCAAAACCUAUGUCAAUCGAAAAAGUUGUAGCAACGCAUCAUCAAGCGGUUUAAGUGACAAAAGACAAACCCAUAUGGCACCCAUCACAGCUUCAGCGCUUGAUCCUAAGCCUGAUUGGAACCCACCCAAUUUAAUUGUUCCUUCGCUUACCGCAUUACAGGAACUGAGACACAAGAAGAGGGGAAGUAAUCCUAUUCAUAAUUUUCAAAGGGUUUUCGAUAGCCGUCUGAUCGAAGCGGCUGAAAUUUCGCUGCACGUGAUUCCCAAAAUCAACAACUUACUUAAUUCCACUUCAUACAAACAGACCAAUAAAUUCCCUCACCUGAAAGACUUGUAUCAUACCGUUUCUUAUGUGAUAAAAUACGUCAAAGAUCGGUUCCAGCAGCUGGAAGAAAAAUGCAUAUCAGACAUCCGGCGGAUGGGAUACAACAAAAUCACAGAUUUGGGACCAAUCUUGAGCAACCGAAUAUCAGAUAAUCUUACGGAUCAUGCCGAAGAGUUUGUAGUCAGCAGCGAAAGCCUGCAAAAGGAAUCAAAUGGUUCAACACCAAAGAAAGGAAGCCUUCCGCCGGAUUCUGCCGACGACGAGGACGAGGAAGACGAUUGUGCAAUCGUAGAAGAGAAAACUGAUUUGAUUGAGCUGGAUUCAGAGGACGAAUCCGAUCAGGAGGAGAAGGAGGUGGAGGAGGAAAGCGAUGAAUCGGACGACAACGAGGGAAAGCCGGUGAAAAAGGAUGAUGUUUCGCGGAUCACGGCAGAAACGGCCAAAAUACCGGACAUCACUAUACAACCUCGUUUUCCUAGCGACAAGGGAAGUCCUUCUUCGCCAGAAAGUGAAACAGAAUCAUCAAACCCACAAAUGUCCACAAACAAAAGGCAGAACGCAGAGCAACGUCUUAAGUUCAUACCGCCGAGUAUUUCUCUUAAACCGGUCGACAAACAUCAACCAGCGCCAGUAUCCCAAGCGAAAGCGGUUCAGCCAGCUGUUUCGCUGGUAUCGAUUGCAACACGCGAGGAACAACCUCUCACAGUUGUUAAGGACAAAACCGCAGACCAAGCUCCAAUACCGCUGUUCAAACUGUCGAUGGCCCCUCAAAACAAGGCCUCGAAGUUGUCUUCAUCAAACAAAGUCGCAAAACAAACAGUAAACGACACGUCUCUUAAAAAGCCUCUACAAACGAGUGACAAAACCGACGUAUUCGACCUCAAAAAGGUACCUUCCGAAGGAUGCAAAACAACCAUCCCGCUCGAUACGACUGACGGCAAACGAGGAGGAGAGGUUGAGCUGGAAAUAAACCGUAUCGAUUCCGAUUCGGUUGCCCAGAUUAUGGAAGUUGUGGGAGGGUACUACCAGCACCACGAGCUUCCGGAUCCGGAACAGGGUGACGUAAUGCAGGCCGCCGUCAUCGAUGUGAAAGUAGAUGGCGAAAGCAGCGACGAAAGCCCCGACGAGGGACAACGGAAAGGACCACUCACAAUACAUUCGGUAGUGAUUGAGGAUGACGAUUCUCUGCAUGGCGGGGAAAAUGGUAACGAUAACACGAUCGAGGAUGAUGAGGAAACCGAAGAGCUGAUUGAAAUCAUCGAAGGGGACGUCGAUUUGGAUCAAAUCGACGAUUACAAAGUCGUUGAGGUAAUCGAUGGUGACUACUAUCUAUUGUGCACUGAAGACAGUUGAAAACUUCGCACCUCAGAUCCGGUCUAUGAAAUCUGUAAAAUAUAGGAUAGUCAGCUUAGAUUUUUGUAUAUUUUAAAAUAAGGUUAAAAAUUAUGGAAUAUUUUUUCAUAAAGCUUUUUUAAAUUCAAAUAUCCUAGCAAUAAGCAAAUAAAUACUUAAGUUAAAUUUGAAGAAGCGUUAAUAAAAAUUAAUAUAUUA